UUGCUUUCCGAGCCUGGGACUGGCCAGGGUUCCGCGCUGUUCGCGUUCCCUUUCCCCGGUGUGACCAAGCCGCAGUGCCCCCCGGCGGGGAGGUCUCCCUUGCCCCGAGCACAGCCGGACGAGAAGGAGACCUGGGAGCAGGCGGCGGCCGGGCUGGGCCGCCCUCGUGCGGGCUGGCGACUCUGCUCCUACGUUUGCUGCGGUCUCUGGGAGCCGGGUGCCAGCCCUGAGGAGUCCUCGGUGGACAGCGACCCCCUUCCCCGGCUCCCCUGCCCGCCCUGCCGGGGAGGGCGGAAGAUGCCGGUGAAGAAGAAGAGAAAAUCCCCUGGGGUGGCCGCGGCAGUGGCGGAAGACGGAGGCCUCAAAAAGUGUAAAAUCUCCAGCUAUUGCAGAUCCCAACCCCCUGCUAGACUAAUAAGUGGAGAGGAACAUUUUUCAAGCAAGAAGUGCCUGGCUUGGUUUUAUGAGUAUGCAGGUCCUGAUGAAGUUGUAGGGCCAGAAGGAAUGGAAAAAUUUUGUGAAGACAUUGGUGUUGAACCAGAAAAUAUUAUUAUGUUAGUUUUAGCGUGGAAAUUGGAGGCUGAAAGCAUGGGAUUUUUUACCAAGGAAGAAUGGUUAAAGGGGAUGACUUCAUUACAGUGUGACUGCACAGAAAAGUUACAGAACAAAUUUGACUUUUUGCGCUCACAGUUGAAUGAUAUUUCUUCAUUUAAGAAUAUUUACAGAUAUGCCUUUGAUUUUGCAAGGGAUAAAGAUCAGAGAAGCCUUGAUAUUGAUACCGCUAAAUCUAUGUUAGCUCUUCUGCUCGGGAGGACAUGGCCACUGUUCUCAGUAUUUUACCAGUACCUGGAGCAAUCAAAGUAUCGUGUUAUGAACAAAGAUCAGUGGUACAAUGUAUUAGAAUUCAGCAGAACAGUCCAUGCUGAUCUUAGUAACUAUGAUGAAGAUGGUGCUUGGCCUGUUCUUCUUGAUGAAUUUGUUGAAUGGCAAAAGAUCCGUCAAAUGUCAUAGCAAGAACUAUUUGUGAAGAAAAUGCAAACCUUUUGAUGCCCACGUGUGUGCAAGCUAAUGAGAUGAGGGGGGAAAAAUCCGAAAGGGUGCAUUUUCAUUCAUAUGAAAGACUUCUCAUAGUACUUUUUUUUUCCUUUUUUUUAAAGGACGUUUUCUUGUUACAUGUGAUGGGCAUUGAGCCACAACUUCUGAGACUGAAUAUUGAAAUUUUUUUUGAGUUAUGUUGGUAACAUUUAUUUCAGAACAAUAAAGAUUCAGAUUUGUGACAAAGGC